CGUCGCUUGUCAAAAAAUGACAUUUUGACAAAUUACAAAUUCUGUUACAAAUCUGAUUACAAAAGUGGCUCAACCGAGUACCAACGGAGUGAUUCAUUCCAAUUUAGUUUUUAAAAUAUAGAAUAUUUCACGAAGGAAAUAAAGUGAAAUAGACAACAAGAAGAUAACAGUUUCAGGAAAGUGAUAAAAUAUAACAUGCCUGCGUAUCACUCAACGUUAACGGACUACACCCAGUCGGUGGGUAAUCUAGCGCUGUUACCUAUUCGUACUACGUUCCGGGGCCCGGCUCCGCUCAGCCCUAAGAUUGAACUGGAUAUUAUCGAUGAGGCGCUCAAUUAUUUUAAAGCUAAUGUGUUUUUUAGGUUCUAUGAAAUCAAGUCUGAUGCCGAUAGAGUCCUCAUAUAUCUGACAUUAUAUAUUUCUGAGUGCUUGAAGAAACUUCAGAAAUGUUCCAACAAGAAUCAGGGCCAACAGGAGAUGUACAUGUUGGCCAUUUCUAAGUUUGACAUUCCCGGGGAGCCAGGAUUCCCACUCAAUUCUGUGUAUGCCAAGCCUUCUAGUUCUCAGGAAGCAGAUUUGAUGAGACAGUACUUGCAACAAUUGAGACAUGAGACUGGUGGCAGAGUUUGUGAAAAGGUAUUUGCAACUGAGGAUGGGAAACCUAGCAAGUGGUGGUUAUGCUUUGCCAAAAGGAAAUUCAUGGACAAGUCUCUGUCAGGGCCUGGACAAUGAAAAUGUCAAAGAAAAGCAUUUAUAUACCACUCUUGAUGUAUUUUUUACUUAACCUCGGCAGUAUACAACUUUGUACUCCUUGGCUACUUACUUAUUGGUGUUAAUUAUAGGAAUUAAUGUCACAGUUAUUUGAGUUUAAACCUUCUACAACAAUGCAUUUGUUCAUAUUGAGAUUGAUUCAUAAAGACUUAUUAUUCAUAGUUUAUUAUGUUGGUGCAUAAAAAAAUUAUAAUUAUAAAGAAUGAUAGAGCAGCAAUUCACUGUUGCCUGUCAUUAUUUAUUAUGUAUUCAAAAGAACAUUAACAGUAUCUGUAAAUAAAAAAAUUAAUAAACUUUGAUUUACAA